AUGAGUAUAAACAAAGAAAUGAAUGACUCUGAAGAUCUCAAGGAGGCCCAGACUAGAAGCAAAGACCAAAUAGAUGGCACAGGGAUGAGCCUUGGCAACAAGAAGGGGGUGAGGGUGACUGGGAAAUAUGCGCCUCCGGUGGAUUGGACCAGCAGAGGAGGAGGUCCAUCCAUCAUCCACUCUCCCACCAACACCCUGAUACCUCCAGACACCCCUACGAUUAUCUCCAUUGGCCCUUUGCCUCACAGACCCCCAGAGCCUGUCCAUGGUCCCAGGAUGGAUGACCCUGCCACUGGUGAGGACUGGACGAGCGAGGCAUCUUCUCAGACCAGAGCGUCCUACGGGGAGAUGGGUGUCCCCAGGCAGACCAUGGAAGAGCUGAAGACCAUCCUGAGGGACAGUCCUCUGCUCAGCAUCCGGGGAAGAGAUGAUGGGAAACCAGGGAGUCCGUAUACGUACCUCCACGGGACCAACAGCAGCAGUGGUGGAAAGUCAGACGGACGGCAGGACGAUGGAAACCCUCACAGGGCGUUCAGCACCUUCAAACCUCACUCUGAUGCUUCCAGAAGGGGGCCCAGGUCCAGUGACAGCACAUCCAUUCAGCCGCCAUCCACCAUGGAUUCAUCCAGCUCAUUCAGGUCCCACACCAACACAAAUAGGCAGCCUGGAGUCCGGACACACGCAUAUGCAAGCAGCAGCUCCUGGGGAGAGACUUCAUCUCCUCAUUCAGACAACGAAAACGAGACCGUUGAGAUCUCGGGAAACCAGAGGUUUAUUGCCGACAUGGAACAGAUCAAACAGCAGAUCGCCCGUGAAAACAUCAACUUUGUCCGGUUUGAGGCGACUGACCUCCAUGGGGUGUCCAGAUCCAAGACUGUGCCUGUCCGCUUCUUUCAUGAGAAAGCAGUCUAUGGAGUACCAAUGCCAAGAAGCUACUUGGAGCUGACCCUAAGCCCUAAGAGCAAUGAAGUGGACCACGGCAACACUGCCAACUUCAGCAGCGAUGUCCUUCUGAUCCCUGACCUCUCGACCUUUCGGGUUCUGCCUUGGGCUGAGCAGACUGCACGGGUCAUCUGCGACCCCUGCACUGUGACAGGAAGCCCCCUUCGCACGUCACCUCGCCUCAUCGCCAAGCAGCUCCUCGGCCAGCUUCAAACCCUCGGAUUCUCUCUGCACUCGUCCUUCACUUACGAAUGCUGCGUCCUGGGAGCGCCUGAUCGGAUCGGACCAAAGACGCUCCUGUUCCCUGCCACCACCCUGCUUAGCAACCAUGACCUGCCUUUCUUCCAGCAGCUGGUGGACAGCAUGUACUGCAUGGGCGCUGAUAUUGACAGCAUUGCCUCUGCAAGUGGCCCCGGCCAGAUGGAGAUCAACCUGAGGCCGGAGUUUGGGAUUGCAGCUGCUGAUAGUGCCUUCACCUUCCGCACUGGGAUCAAAGAAAUGGCUCGUAAGCACAGCUACAUCGCCAGCUUUUUCACUGAUGAUGGUCUGUACAAUGCUGGCGUGCUCUCCCACAGCCUGUGGGAUGCUAACGGCCGACGCAGCCUCUUCCACACGGGAGAGAAGGCAGGCGAGCUGUCUGAGAUUGGCAGGAAAUGGCUGGCCGGCCUCCUCACCCACUCUGCUGCCCUGAGCUGCCUGAUGUCACCCGGCCUGGGCUGCCGGAGCCACAUCGCCAAGUCAGUCAAAGACCCAAAACGGAUGCUGUACGCCAGCUACGGCAGCAACGAUAACAGCAGCUCCUUCAACAUCAAGUGCCACGGUGGGAGGGAGACCCACAUUGACAACAAGCUGGGCUCAGCCAUGGCCAACCCUUACGUUGUACUUGCUGCCACGGUGGCCGCGGGACUGGACGGUAUCAAACGAAACCUGAACUUCGAGAGCAGUCUGAACAAAGCCCCCAGUCAGCAGAGGGAGUUCUCCAUUCCUGUGAAGCUCGACGAUGCUCUGGAGGCGUUGGCGGACGACCACGUCAUGCGCAGCACCCUCGGAGAGCCGUUUGUUCAGUAUUUCAUCGCCAUGAAAAAGUUUGAGAUUGAGACCCAGGAACUGGAUGAUGAGAGGAACAAGUGUCUGGAGUACUUCAUCUAG